AUGCAUUUCAUGACUACGCUUACCGUCUUUACUUCUGCUGCUGCCGCUCUCAGGCUGAAAGGAACGAGAAAGCCUCAGGUUGCACAGCUCAUGGUCUCUGACGCUCAGAAAAUCUGCGGGCAGGACAGAAGUGUCCGGUGUUGCAACAACAAGGGCGGCAAUGGGAACAACAUCAACCAACGCGGAUUAUUAGGUCUUCCCUCCACGAAUUUGAACAAUCCCAACGGCUGCGUCGACAUCAGCCUAAAUGUUGUAGGAAUUCUCGAUGGGACUCUUGGCAGGAAGUGCAGUGGCAAUGUAGUUUGCUGCAUCGACUCCCCAUCUACUGGUAUCACAGGCCUCAUCAACAACAGACAACCCUGCAUCGAUUUAAGCAACCUGCUUUAA